AUGGCGCCCUCGCAGCUCAAACAAUUGAAGGCAUCCUUGCGGGAGCAUGGAGUCCUAGGGCCGCAAAAGUCCAAGAAACAGAAGAAGGCGACAUCAAAAGAUGCCCAAAAACGACUCCAGCGAAAUGCCGCCCUCGAGGGCAUUCGGCAACGAUUCAAUCCUUUCGAAGUUAAGGCCCCGGCCCGCAGAGACAAGUUUGAAGUGGCAAGCGCGAAGAACUCAAAACCUGUUGUUGGUCGACCUGGUGUCACGCGCGGACUGGGCGAGGAACGACGGCGAGAGACGCUUUUGAAAGAGAUGCAAAGUCGCAAUAAAGUUGGUGGACUUCUCGACCGCCGGUUCGGAGAGAAUGACCCUACUAUGACUCCAGAAGAGAGAGCGGCCGAGAGAUUUGCUCGUCAGAAUGAGAGGAAGUUGAAGAAGACAUCCGUUUUCAACUUGGAAGACGACAGCGAAGAGGAGAUCGCCCUCACGCAUGGCGGACGAUCGCUUGGCCUUGGUGACAGGCUCAAAGACGAUUUUGAAGAAGACGAUCUUUCCUCACCCCAAAGCGAAGAUGGUGAUUUCGAGACACAGGAUGACAGGCCUCGCAAACGGUUGCGCAUCGAAGACGGGGAGGCUUUGGUUGAGGGAGAAGACGAUGCAAUACCUGAAAGAAAGAAGACCAAGAAUGAGGUCAUGAAAGAAAUUAUAGCCAAGUCAAAAAUGUACAAGGCGGAGCGUCAAGCGGCAAAAGCAGACGACGAUGACCUGCGUGCCGAGUUAGACAAAGGCAUGAGCGAAUUCUACGAAGCGCUCCGUGGCCACAAGCCUCCGGAGAAGCAAUUACCGUCACCGCCGACGACGGAACCGGAACCUCAUAUGAACCCUGCGCGAGCUGCAAUGCUGGCAGGCAAGCCCAGAGAAGAUGCAGAGAAGGAGUACGAGGCCAAUCUAAGACAGCUGAGACUAGAAGCGCGGUCGAAACCCAGCGUGCGGACGAAGACCGAUGAGGAAAAGGCCGCGGAGGAAGCCGCGCGAUUGGAAGAAUUAGAAAGAAAACGCAUACGCCGAAUGAAGGGCGAGGCUGAAAGCUCCGAAGACGAAGAUGAAGGCGAGGCAGACGCAGACGCGGAUGUAGUACCAGGUCCGGACGAGGACUUUGGUGAAGACGAUGCCGAAGCAUUUGGACUGGUGGCGCCAGCUCCACCUCCACCGCCUAGAAAAGAGCUCGAUGUGGAAGACGAAGACGAAUUUGUGCUGGAGGAUGACCUCAUUGCCUCGGACUCUGAGGCCGAGAUGGCAAGCGAGCAAGGGCUUGAAGAAUCGGAUUCUGAGGAUGAGUCAGAUGAUGAUGGAGACGACGAUUUUAUCAAUGGUUUGGUUCUUCCGGAAGGGUCGAAGCCAGCAGCGCAGACGAAGACUUCUGAAAAGAGCUCUACCAGCAAAAAUCUCGCCUAUACCUUUCCGUGUCCUCAGAGUCAUACCGAAUUCCUGGAUGUAUUGAAAGAUACCAAGCUGACGGAUCUACCGACAAUAGUGCAGAGGAUCCGUGCUCUGUACCAUAAAGGUCUUGCUCCUGGCAACCAAGAAAAUCUGGACACAUUCGCCGGAGUUUUGACACAGCAAGCGGUUUAUUUGGCAGACACUGAGCGCGAUGUCCCUUUUCCCGUCCUCGAGAGUCUACUACGCCACUUGCACUCAAUGGCAAAAGGCUCGUCCGAAGCUGUCGGCACUGCCUUCAAGCAUCAUCUCGAGACUAUAGCAGACCAGCGGCCACUUCAACUGUCUACUGGGGACUUGAUUAUCCUGACCGGCGUAUCCACAAUCUUCCCGACUUCAGAUCACUUCCACACAGUCGUGACGCCUGCAAUGCUAACUCUCGGGCGGUAUUUGGGGCAAAGUGCGGUUCAGUCGUUGAGAGAUCUCGGUGUCGGAGCUUAUUGCUCUUCUCUCGCCCUGCAGUACCAGAAACUGUCCCAUCGCUACGUUCCUGAGGUGGUGACAUAUAUCAACAACGCUUUGGCAAUCCUUUCCCCCAGCCGCCUCCCAGAAACCGAUCAGGAUGGAAACCCGUGGAGUUUCCCCGUCAGGCUACCAACAAAGUCACUACGGGUUCAGCCAUCUUCUGUCAAGGUUCCAGAGAAGUUGGCGUUCAAAGACCUCCUCAUGGAAGAUGGUGGCGAACAAGACACCAACGCUCGCGCGCUGGCCUUGCUCAAUGGUUUCAUACGUCUCUCCGCACAGACUGCAGAACUGUGGAAGCAGAAAUCAGCAUUCCCAGAGAUCGUUUCUCCGCUUAUCCACGCUGUUGGUCACAUCGCUAGCCAGUCAACGAAGCUGCCCAAAGCAACUGUGAAGCUUGCGGCCAGUACCUUGGAGACGCUUCAGGCCUUGCAGAAGACGUCUAUCGAGUCGCGGCUCCCCCUACUAUUGCACAACCACCGGCCUCUUGCCAUCAAGACCUCCAUUCCCGCCUUCAUCGAGAAUUACAAUCCCGACCGGCACUAUGAUCCUGACAAACAACGGGCCGAAAUCUCGAAACUCAAAGCUGAGUACAAGAAGGAACGCAAGGGUGCCAUGCGGGAAUUGCGCAAAGAUGCCAAUUUCAUGGCUAGGGAGCAACUCCGGGAGAAGAAGGAGAAGGAUGAUGCUUACGACAGAAAAUUCAAACGCUUGGUGGCAGAGAUCCAAGGUGAAGAAGGCCGGGAGAAAAAGGAGUAUGAGAAGGAGAAGAGGAAGAGACAAGGGAGGUUCUAA